AGCUGUUGAAUCUCAGUUUUAUUCGUCAGUUGUGUGUUCAAAAUGAGCAAGGAUUGAUAGAAGAAUAUUGCAUUUCUUCUCAUUGCUGCAAAUGUUGCAGUCUGCACUGCUAAAUAUUUGCAAGGAACACAACCACUUAAUUGGACUUUGCAAAAAAAGUAAUAUUCACUACUAACCUCCAUCUACAUAAUUAUUUUACUUCUUCUUGUGUCCUUUUUUCAUACUCAAGUCUGAUAUUAAAAAAUAUUUAUACGGUGUAUACUUUAAAAAUUUAAGAAAACAAAGCAAAUUUUAAAUUCAUGUGAAACUGUGAAUUUAUUUUAAUCUCAAUCAUAGAUUAAGAGUUGGAAAAUUAAGCUGGCGAGAUAAAUACAUCAAAUAAUUUCAAUUUGUUUGCAUCGUUCCCUAUAUUUUGGUGACUUUGGCAAAGUGAAAUUUCGACAACAAUGUGAGACACGAGUGAAAUCGGUGUUUUUAUUUUUGUUUUUCGGCUCAAUUUUGUUCCUGAAUAGUAAAAGUAUUUGUAAAUUAAGCUUAAUACGAUGGGGUGGCUCAAGUAAAUAGGAAAUUUACCCAAAAAGGUGGCUAGAAGAUAAGGGAGGCGGAUAAGAAGAUAUGGAUCCUUCAUCUCAUCACCGGAAGGUUCCUCCCGAGCUCCUCUCAUUUCCCGGAGUGCAUUCCGUCUGCCGUGCUGCCGAUAACUUUGGAAAUGGGAUUUCGACAGGAAAGUCCUCUCAUCACCAGCGGAAUCGGAGUCUGGACUCGUGGGCGAUUCUACGAAGUUCAUCACGCGACUGCGACUCCUCUUCCGCCAUUCUAACCUCUCCCCUCAAGUUGUCUACGCUUCCAUCUCCUAUUGAACCGCACCCACAGGAGGGGGCAGGAGGAGGUGGGGUCCUCGACCCGCUGGGGAUGUCAAUCGAUUACCACCACAAUCACCAAGCUCCCCUGUAUCAUCGCCAACACUCGAGAAAUAGGAGCCUGGACUCGGCCCAAGUCCAGUCUUAUCUCCAGUUUAAUGUCAGCCCCGACAUUAUGGACGACCUGGACCUCAAUCCCCUCCAAUUGCAGUUGGUUUCCGCCGCCUCAAAGUCGCACACGCCCAUCUCCAACGAUAGAAUACUUUCUCUCAAGCAACAAACCCACUUCCACUAUUGUAGACUACACCGCGAUUCGGACAGCAGUGAAAGCCCAGACUCACAACUUUCACAACUUUCCAGUGCAAUGGGGGUGGUUGUUUGUCCGUCUAAAUUGAACAAGUGUACGUGUGCGUGUGCCGUAAAUUCGGACGAUUCUGGUAUUUGUUCAGGUGCGAGUGGAACGACGGGAUCGGAAACGGACGAUGUGACCAGCCGAGUUGCGUGUGACCACUGUAAAGACCACGACGACGACACGGAUGGUCACGACUUUAACUGUGGAAGUCCAAGAUUAAGUUUUGACUCUGCGAUAAUCAUGACAGAAGAAGAUACUGAAAUGUUUGAUCAGUUUGACGAAACUGCGGAUACAAUGUUGCUCAAUAAUGAGGCUAGUUUUAGUUUUACCAAUUGUGAAACAAAGUCAAGUGAGGAUUUAGAGAGGACGUUAACGAAUCAAUUAAUUCCCAACGGUGAAAUUUUAAAUCUUUCCUUACCCACUACCACCACCCCGACUCCUAAUUACGACGACGAUGACGACAACGAGGAGCAAAGAGCUGUGGAGACUGAACCCACAGAAAAGUGUGUCGAACUUCCAGUCGUAAUUGAGAAUGUGGUGGCCCCUUCCCCAUCGUCUUCCUCCGGAGGAACUUCCUUGUUUAGUAGAAUGAGGGUGAACGCAAGAAAUAAUAAAGUACCAACGUCUAAACCUAGCCCAGUAACUUCAGGAGGCAGUAAUAUUGCGUCCGGAAUGCGAAACAAGUUGAGGUUAAAUUUUGGGAAGGAAAAGAAGGCAAAAAAUGUGACCACGCCGGCAGAGUCGGAAGCUGCAAAAACUGAUAAUGUCAAUACUGAAAAGGGAGUAGAUCCUAUAUUAAUGAUUGAGGAGAAAGCGUCUGGAUCUAACGCCAAGGACUUAAACGACCAGGAAGCUCAAAUGGACGUGAAAUUUAAGAAAGGGUCCUUACCUCAAACCAUUGCUAACAAUUCGUGGCUACUGAGGUUCUUUGAAAGUCAAGUGUUUAAUAUGUCGUACGCCAUUGGCUACUUGUUUUCCUCCAAGGAACCCGGAGUGCAACAAUAUAUUGUAAACAAGCUCUUCACUUUCCCUAAGAAGGAAGUUGACCUUUAUCUUCCAGAGCUGGUGACCAUGUAUUUGCAAAUGCCAGACAUUGCUGAAGUUUUACAUCCCUAUUUUGUUCAUCGGUGUCGAAAAUCUGUAGCCUUCAGCCUACAAUGUGCCUGGCUUUUGGAUGCAUAUUCUUCAGAUGGACAAACUAGAAAAAAGUCACUUGGAACAAAGCUAAAGGCCAUGAUUCUGAACGACUCGAUGAGACCAAAAGGAAAGGAUGGAAAACUCUUUAGAAAAUUAUCCAGCAUCCAGUCGCCUAGUUCUCCAUCUUCCACUGAGCCCCCAAACUUUCCUCCGAGUGGUUAUGCUACUCAUACUCUUGGGGUCCCGUCCAAAACAAAAACACAUCAAAGGUCAUUUUCCGACGCUCCAAUGAUGAAACCCGGAUUCAGCGAAGAUAAUUUAGACAUGAAUAGGAAUCGGCACAAAAGAGUGGGUUCGCUCGGAUUGCCCAGAAACUGUUUGGGAGACCUUACCUCUGGUCACUGUUUCGACAAUGGGUGCACGUGCUUUCAGUCUGUGUUCAAUGACGUCAAACCCUCAGAAGGUUGUCGUUGUGGUGCUCCAAGACUCUCCCCUCAAUUAGAAUUUAUGAAUUCUCUCAUUCAAAUUGGAAAAAAUCUAUCAUCCAUACCAAACAAGGACGACAAACCUCCAAAGUUAAUAGCGGAACUGAAUUUAUUGAACCUCAAUCUUCCUGCCAGAGUUUGGAUUCCUGUUCACGGCCAUAUCCCACACGUCGUGCUAAGAAUUCCACCUCAAGACGCCACCGUGUUAAAUUCGAAAGACAAAACACCUUACAUGAUUUACGCCGAAGUUCUUGAAGUUCCGGACGUCGAGUCUGCCAGAGUCCCUCCAAAACCCACGAUAAAUAAUUUAUUGAGGCAUUCUCGAUCUGAGGAAAACAUUAUUGAGGCUGAAUCCAAGUCUAGCGAAGUGCCCAAGGACUUGUUGACAGAAUCUCAUGCGUCAUCAUCUAAUUUAAAUAUCCCUACAAUUUCAAGUAGUGGAGACCUUCAUUCAAACUCGGAUUGUUGGUCGCAAGAAGAUGACGAAAUAUCUCUUCAAUACUUGCAAAUGAAGACAAAGACGCGAAAUGAAGAUACUAUCUCUCAAAUGAGUAUUGACUCGUGUGAUUCCCGUGAACCAAUGAUGGUCUCAGCUAUUGAUAUUCGAAGGAGGCUUUCAGAAUCUCUCAACGCUCCAAAAUCAACAUUUCAACGUGAUCCUGAAGAUCCAAGCGCCUCAGUUUUGAAAGAACAGUUCUCAAUAAAAGUAAAACGGAUCCAAGAUAGCAGUCCGUUUGGUCAGUUGAACGGUUGGAGAUUGUUGCCUUGCAUUGUUAAAUGUGGUGAUGACCUAAGACAAGAGUUGCUAGCGUACCAAUUGCUCACCUUAUUAAAGGACAUGUGGGAAGAAGAACGGGUUGCGUUAUGGGUUCGCCCUUGCAGAAUAUUUGUGCUGUCAAGUGACAGUGGAAUGAUUGAACCCGCAGUAAAUACUGUGUCGUUGCACCAAAUUAAGAAGCACUCGAAAUUGUCUUUAUUGGAAUACUUUCAACAAGAGCAUGGUCCUGAAAAUUCUGAGGCAUUUUUAACCGCACAAAGAAAUUUUGUCGAGAGUUGUGCUGCCUACUGUUUGAUUUGCUAUUUGAUGCAAGUUAAGGACAGACAUAACGGCAACAUUUUACUGGACAACGAAGGUCACAUUAUCCACAUUGACUUUGGAUUCAUUCUCUCGACAUCUCCAAAGAAUCUGGGCUUUGAAAACUCACCAUUUAAAUUAACCGACGAAUUUGUCCAAGUGAUGGGGGGUCCUGGAUCGGAUAUGUUUGAAUAUUUUAAAAUACUCAUGCUCCAGGGACUUGUCGCUGCUCGAAAAUACUCAGAUAGGAUAUUACACGUGGUCGAAAUAAUGGGAUCCGGCUCCCAGUUACCUUGCUUCAAAUCAGGAGUCUCGACUAUAACCUCGUUAAAAAGCAGAUUUCACAUGAGUAUGACAGAAGAUCAGCUUCAAGCAUUAGUGAACGACUUAGUAAAUCAAGCUUUAAGAUCAUUCACCACAAUGAUGUACGACCGCUUUCAAUACUUUACCAAUGGAAUUUUAUGAUCUGAUCUACAAUUUCGUCUUUCGCUGGAGUAUGUAUUCGGACUGGUCAUCAAUUCAUUUCUGGUUCAUCACAUUUUCCAUGCAAACUCGCAUUCGCAUCAGCAGAGUAGCUUUAGUCUCCUUCUCCUACCUUCGAGGUGUGGAGUAGUAAUAAUGCAUAAUAAAUAUGUAUGUGACUGUCCUCCGGUAUGAAUUGCCUCACACUUUAGUCAUUAUAAUUAAACUAUUUAAGGGACGUAAAAAAAUUUAUUUGCGUGCAUGACAUUCAAUACAUUUAGAUACUCCAAGUAAAAAUAUAUUUGAUAUUAAUUUAUUAAUUAGUGAUAACUUCCUCUAUUUGAUUUUGUUUAACAAAACCAAAAAAACUGAAUUGUAUGCUUAAAUUACUAAAUAUUUGCCAUAAUUUUCACCCACGAGCUAUUAACAUAAACAUUUAAUUAAUCAUUUACAUACAUAUAUUUUUUUGUCCUUAACAUUUAUCUUGCUUAUUCUUUUGUCUGUAUCAUAAAAUAAUUGCCUUACUUGAUUUGGACUUCGGGUAUUAUGUAUUUAUAUGCACUUUGAUGAUAUAAACGUUACAGUACAAGAAAGAAAAGUGGAGAAAGUUUUGUUAUGAAUAUUCACUUUAGGCUGAACUGUAUUAAAAUGUUUGUUAUUGUUAGAGAUGCAUAAUGUACACUUUUAGUAGAUAUGUACAUAUGUAUACGGGAAUUAUGUAGACUAGAUAAGAAAAAGAUAUAUAAUGUACGAACGAAAAGUAUUAGCAUUGCCUUUUCUAGUUUGAACUUCGAGUCGCUCAGCAUUGUCAAGCAUUGUCAUUGUCAAUCAUUUCUUGGACUUAAAGUGCCUAAAGUAAAAAAAUUAUGUAGAAAUUGAGUGCAUGCCGGUUAUAAUGUGUAAGACGUGGACCGUUUUCGUAUAUGUAAACAAAAAUCAUGAACAAGAAGACAUUGUCGGAGUAUUGUUAGUAUUGUUGUUAUUAUGCGUACAUAUACAUCAUGGACUCUUUUUGAUGCCCUCCACACAUUUCCAUCGCUUUCUGGAUUGCUACUAAAUAUACAUAAAUAGCUAAAUUGUUCAACAAUUGGUUAAGUUUUGCAUUGUUAUUACGUACUGCUAAAAGCACAAUGAGAUGCGCUAUAACGGAUAUUUGAUAUGGACUGAAAUAACUUGAAAAUAAUAAAAAAAAAUCAAUUCGCUCGGA